AUGGUUGUAAAUCCUGCUGCAUCUGGUUGUAAAUCUGGGCCCCUCUUGCGCCAGUCCAGUUCUCACUGUCAGUAUAUGGGUGUCAUUAUGUCGUCUUGUGUUGGUUUGUUGGAGGCGAACGACAUCCACAACAAUGGGAUAGCGGGGUUCGGGCGCCAACCCGACAGUGACAGUGGUGCACUGCGAGAUCCACCACGGACAGACGGGUGGCUUGUACGGGCUCGGCCAGUUCAUCGAAAACCGCAUCCAUUCCCACAGCAACCCCACCGCAACGAGAUCUACAACGGCCAUCAGGGUGGCGUCUUCAUCUUGGGCGAAGGCCGCAGCUUGAUCGAGCAUCUAUGUGACUCAAUGUGGAUUGUGAAGACACAGAAGGGGACGAAUUUGGAUCUUGAAUCAUGA